AUGGGUAAGGAACCCUUUGUGGUUCCAACGAUUUUGACGCAGUUGGACCUCCCCACAAGGGUGAGGCGCCACUUUGCUUUUUCACAACGUUUUCAAAACAGAGCUUGUAAUGGGGAAGGAUAUGGGUGGAGCCUUUUGUCCGAUGGGUAUUUGCCCUUUACCCAUGAAUUUCUGCUGGUUCUUGCUUUGGCCCCUUGUCUGACUUGUUUGGAGUCUCAUCAAAGGUGGAGCACGAUGACAGCUUUUCUACAAGCUGCUGGGCUGGGCUUGUGUGUAAUGUUGGGUUGCUGGCCUAUUAUCUCUAGUGGAUUUUCGCCAAACUUCUGGAAUGGGCUUUUGCUAAUUUCUUUAGGGCACUCUAUAGAUGUCGGUUGGGCUAAGUAUUUUGGUAGGUUACUUGGUGUCUUCCUAGAGCAUGGGGUCAUUUUCUCUUCUCUCUCAUGCUAA